AUUAAGGAUAAAAUGAUAAUGAACAGUGCACUGCGUGAGAUUUUUGCGCGCGUGUUGACCGUAAAAAUAGAGGAUCUGGCAACCCCCGUGUGAGCUUCGCAUGUCGCUGCGUCCCCGCGGCCACCCUCUCGCCCCAGCCGGCACAGAUGGUCCCAGGAUCGCCUAUGAUGUCAAACACUUUCAGCUGUUGCUGGCUUAGCAGGAAAGAAACUCCGAUGAAACUUUUUGGUGGGGAAUUAAAGAAAGCCUCGGCAAGCGAGCUACAUAUCCGUGACAUCAGUUUUAAAACAAGAAAAAGAAGUGAACGCGGCGUGAUAUAGGGCACGCCAGCAUUACCAGUUAGCUAACUUUUUCCAGACUCAUGUCUCCGAUCCAGCAUUGGGGAGGGGGAAUGCGCUAGCUAAUAUAGCAACACGUCAAAAUAGUCAAUAACCGACUUGCAGACUGUUAUUACUUCGCUCCGUUGUAGCCUCUGAAGUGUUUUUUGGAUGUUUAAAAAAAUAAAGGAAAAAGAAAGCGUCGAUUCGCCAAUUCAUAAGUGACGGGUGGCAUCUAAGAAGAACAUUUAAGGAUAAAUCUACAUCAGUAUUCCCAUCAGAAAUGGGCCGACUGCUCGAGGGGGAUAUACUGGUCAGUUUGCGAGCCUGCAGCGAACGGAAAGCGGCGAAAUAAGCGGCCCACCUGUUUGUUUGGGGCUUUUAUCCGCUUUCACUUCGGUUUUCUUCGUCACCGACACAGUCCUACGCGGCCAGGUAAACAGAGAUGUGUUAAGCAAGAGGGCAUGUGGGUUCGUUUGCAACAUAUUGGGAACACAUGCUGAGCACUUCAAGAACUCGUUGCCUUUCCCUUUGUUUACAACCUGGAUGAUGACCUCAUCCUCUGAUCUUAUAGAAGGUACAGAGCUGAGCAUGCUCUCAUGGACGUAAUCUGCAAUUGACAUCGAUCGCCCAUCUUCAGUCUCAGCCCCCCGAACCUCCGCCUCAACAUGACGGACCCCUCCCCGCUGGUCCUGGAAGGGACAGAGGCCAGCAUGGCUGAGCUGGACACGUGCACCCUGGAGAUCGAGCGCAAGUACGAAGUCAUCCCGGCCGUGAUCUGCUCCAUGUGCUUCCUGUUUGGCAUCAUCUACUGCUUCUUUGGUUACCGCUGCUUCAAGGCCGUUAUGUUCCUGUCUGGCCUGAUGUUCGGCUCGGUGGUCGUCUUCCUGCUGUGUCACAGAGAGCGGCUGCUGGACACAGAGCUCGGCGUGGAAGCCAGCGCGGGAAUCGGCCUGGGCAUCGGCCUGCUCUGUGGGAUGGUUACCAUGCUGGUGCGCAGUGUCGGCCUCUUCAUGACCGGCCUGCUGCUGGGGCUCCUGCUGGCUGUCGCCGCUCUGGUGGCCAUCGGCCAUUUUUACACACCAGGUACGGUGUGGGUGCCCCUAGGGGCGCUGUUGGGCACAGGCGUGCUGUGUGCCGUGUUGGCGUUACAGUGGCAGAAACCCCUGACGGUGGUUUCUACCGCCGUGUUCGGCGCGGCCGUGGUGACAGUGUGCGCGGACUACUUCGUGGAGAUGUUUGCCCUGGCGUCACACGUGUACAACUGCCUGUGCCUGGCGCCCACCCCUCCGCUCUGCUGGUACAGCUGGGUGAUCAUGGGCAUCUGGCCGGCCCUCAGCUUCAUGGGAAUGCUGGUCCAAUGGAAGCUGACCGCCGACGGAUACUCCCACGCAGAGGUCAUCGUCAGCAGGAGGCAGAAGAAGGUCCAGCUGAUGCGAAUCCGCCAAAGAGAGGCCAAGAAGCAGCAGCAGGGAGGGGGUCAGCUGGCCACGUACCGCCGCAAAGCCACGCCAAUCAAGCGCUACGCCGGAGACAUCCUGGCACCGAGCUACCUGCAGAGCCUGCGGGAGCGUCAGAUGGGCACAGGCACCUCCAUGAGCAGCCUGGGCACCGCCAACCACACCACCCUCGACUACGACUUCGAGACAGGCUCCACCGUGCCCCUGACGGCAACCAGUCCUGUCGUGCGGGUCUGAGGCUGUGUCCCGGCUAAGCUGAUACCGGGCCAUGCUGAGUCUGCUCUGUGAAACGCUGCAGCUCUCAAACUGACUCGAUUCUUCAUCGCCGCAGAAGAAUCCAGAGAUCCAGUCAUGCUGUCUGCCACAAGGGAGCCGAUUUCUGCCCGUCUAGUCAGCCGUGAGAAUCAUGAUGGAGAAAUAAAAUCAUGCUAUGAAAUUACAAUUCCGAAACAUAUGCAAUCAUGGAGUAAUUGCUGUCAUUGUGGUACAGUUGAAAACAUAUUUGAAUAUGAGGAAAUCCGCAUGCAUUCUGUGAUUGCCAUGAGAGAGGCCAGACUCUGUGAGGCAACAUUCUCAUGUGUCUGCCAGCGGUGGCAGAUUUAACCUGGUCUUUGACUUUUUCACUGGUUAUUUCGACUUGUCCUUUUAUGGUAGGAUGCAGUGUCUGUCUUAGAGUCUGUGCUUAUGAUCCACCAGGAUUUCACAGAUGGUAAAUACUCUGAUCUGUUUAGCGUGUUGCUGACUGUUUACAGUGAGGACUGUAGAUUCUUAUGUUUUAGUUAAAAAUAUUAAAAGCUUUUUUUUUUUUUUUUGCAAAAAAAGUGAUACUCUGCAAAUGAUUUUCCUCUAAUUAGAUUACAGGAAUUGUACAUAAGGUUGUUUAUUAUUAGAAACAGGUGAAUUACUUCCCUAAUGUCUUAACCUGAUAAAUGUGAUUGACAGGUUACUUAGCAAUGAGUACUGUGUUUUCUGACAACCAUGAAAAAACAAAAUCUCCAUGGCAACCAAAGUUUUGUUUAUAUGUUAUAAACGGUUGCCACACCUGGCUUUCAGAUUACCUGGAACAACAGGUAACUCAAGUUCAAUUUCUGUCUGUGGCGUGUGUCAUAAUGAAAUUAAAGAAACUACAUGUGCUGUUUAUUUGA